UAGACACCAUUUCUUUGUCUGACAUACAUUCUUAUACCCCAACCAGCCCCGUCCCACAGACAGCUUAUUCUUUGCUCCCGCAAUAAUUUACCUUCACGACUGGCGCCGGCGAGCGCAACUCUUCGCGCAAGAUGAGGGCAAGCAGGAUAUGUCUCACUCUCGGAGUGGCUCACCUCGCGAAAUGCCUGCCGGCACAUGUUGUCUCAAAAGAAACGCUUAGAGAUGUCACAGAACUCGAUGAAUUCGCGCGGCCAGUGAUGCCUAGUCAGCUAGAGAGGCAAACGACAGAACGCAAUGAUAUGCUCGUGGUGUAUCUGGUGGUGGCCUUCGUACUGUGGGUUAUCGUGAUGGAGACGGGGAAGAGUCUUUUUCGAAGGAAGCCAGAAGCAAUUCGGAUGGAGCAAACACUAGUUGAGCCGGUCUUGACAGUCGAUGCAUUAACAGCGCACCAACGCAGUACCCAGGAUGAGAAACAGAGGCUGCGAGUGUAGACAGUUUGGACGGGAGCAGCAAACAGCUGCAAACAGCAAAGCAUCGGACCGGCGUCAUGGGAGAUUCAUGAUAUCCCAGCAUCAACCCUCCUUGUUUCGGCGUUUUGUUUCGCAUAUUUACCCUUUACAUGUUGUACGGCGAAGCACGCAUUUUUGUCGCAAUUUCUUCAUUGGGGGCAUGGUUGACCAGCCAUGAGCUCACCUUAGGGUGUGGUGUCUA